AUGGGAGACUGCCAGAAUGUAGGACAACAUUACAUCCAACAUUCAAUAUACUGUUUCGUAAACACUGAUUGUCAUCACGGCUGUCACCACCAUGGCGAGGUAAAGGUCUGCAUCAACCAUUACUGUGAAUGCCGGAAAGGAGUGGAUGGUGGAUGGGCUGAAUGGAGCACAUGGAAUCACUGCACUGUCACGUGUGGAACUGGCAGUAAACAAAGACAUCGCACAUGCACAAAUCCAGCGCCAUCUGGAUCAGGAUCUCACUGCCCUGGAUCAGAUCAGGAGAGAACUAUGUGUCAUCUUAGUCCUUGUCCUGUAAAUGGUGGAUGGGCUAGAUGGAGCGCAUGGAGUCACUGCCCUGUCACAUGUGGGAUUGGCAGAAUACAAAGACAUCGCACUUGUACAAACCCAGCGCCAUCUGCAUCAGGAUCUCCGUGUCAUGGAUCCCAUGAGGAGACAACUCACUGUCAUCUUAGUCAUUGUCCUGUAAAUGGUGGAUGGGCCAGUUGGAGUGCAUGGGGUCACUGCACUGUCACAUGUGAUACCGGCACUAAACAAAGACAUCGCACAUGUACAAACCCAGCGCCAUCUGGAUCAGGAUCUCCAUGUCAUGGAUUUCAUGAGGAGAGAACUCUCUGUCAUCAUGAUCAUUGCCCUAUUGACGGUGGCUGGAGCAACUGGGAGGCCUGGACUACAUGCAGUGUAACUUGUGGAACAGGUAUUGAGAUACGCAGACGACAUUGUUCCAAUCCAGUGCCAAAAUAUGGAGGAAGUCAAUGUCCUGGAAACGAGACUGAAUCGAGUACUUGUACAGGCACUUGUAAUGUUGUUGAUGGAAGUUGGUCAAGCUGGGGAGCAUGGUCCUCUUGCACUGACACCUGUGGAAAUUUCAGCGCUCGACAACGUAUCCGCCAUUGUGACAAACCUGCACCAGUCAACGGGAAACCGUGCACUGGUGCGCAUAAUGAGAUAUCAGCUUGCAAUGUUACUCCAUGUCCAGUUGGUCCCGAUUGUCCAACCUGUGAUGAAAGUUUAAAUUGCACAUGGAACAAUACAUGUGACAUAACGGAGACCUGCAUGAUAAGGCAGUAUUCGAAUGCAAAAUUCACAGUACAUUGUUCCAAGACAGUGGACUGUGACUUUGAAAAGACAACUUUUACAAAUGGGGAGAUAUUUUGCUGUAAUAACCACGCCUGUUUGGUUGAAUAUCUGGGUAUAUCAUAGAGAUGAUGUAAAUGUCCAUUAAAACCUUGUUUAUUAUUUCCAAUAGCUGAACAUUAUGUUUUUAUUAAAUUGUUUUCUAUACAGCGAAU